UUUUCCUAAAUUGUUAUUAAUCAGAAACAAUCAGUUAUUUCUGUUGAUCAUUUGUUGGUUUUGUGUUUGAUUUUCGUGUUUGUUUUUGUUCAAAUUUACCGAUUCCACGAUAAGUAUGGGCCUGUUUGGAAAAGAGCCUCAGAAAACACCCAAAGAUCAGGUUAGGGAAUGGCGAUCAAAAUUAAGGAAGGAGACUAUGGCCUUAGAUCGGCAGAUACGAAAUAUCCAGAGGGAAGAAGCUAAAGUAAAAUUGUCUCUUAAAGAUGCGGCCAAAAAAGGUGAUCGAGAUUCGUGUGUGGUUUUGGCUAAGGAAUUGGUCCGAUCAAGGAAGGCAAUCAAUCGGAUUAAUGUUUCUAAAGCUCAGAUUAAUUCAGUUAUGUUAAAUAUGGAACAACAAUUAGCUAAUAUAAGAAUUGCUGGAGCGAUUCAACGGUCAACCGACUUAAUGAAAUGUAUGCAGAGUUUGGUGAAGGUCGGGGAAAUAUCGGCGACAAUGCAAGACUUAUCGAGAGAAAUGAUGAGAGCUGGAAUCAUUGAAGAAAUGAUGGAAGAAACAAUCGAUGAGGCCACUGGAAUCGACGAAGAUGACAUGGAAGAGGCCGUUCAAGCCGAAGUAGAAAAAGUUCUAUUCGAAGUAACCGCAGGUGCAAUGGGCAAAGCAGCCGAAGUCUCGAAAACUGUACCUGGUGCUAGAGAAAGUACAAGUAAAGUCGUCGAAGAUGAAGAGGAAGAUGAAGAAGAGAUCACCGAGAUGCAGAAAAGACUUGAAGCUCUGAGAAGUUAAUCAAAUGAACCAAAUUUAUUUUUCUAUCGGUUAACUGUCCAAAUGAUCGCGAUUUUUUUUUUGUCGAAAGUAAUUUAUAUUGAACCGAUUCGAGGCAAGCGAUUCAUCAUCAAUCCAAUGGACUAAUCCGAGCUAAAAUUUUUAUCCUUUUACUAUUCAAUUUUAAGCCACAAAUUAAUAAAAGUUGUUGAUGGAUGUUUA